AUGGUUAAAGGGAGGUACCAUAAAGUGCUCAGAGCUCACCCGGCCGCCGUACUGCAGCAUGGGCGCAGGCAGCACUCGGCCCGUCACCUGAGCCAUCUCAUCACGAACUUUGAACUGGAACUCCUGUACGAACGGGUCCGCCUCGUAGUUGGCACUGCGCACCUGCAAGGACCCACAGCAGGACCAGAGGAGGACCACAGCAGGACCAGAGGAGGACCACGGCAGGACCAGAGGAGGACCACGGCAGGACCAGAGGAGGACCACGGCAGGACCAGAGGAGGACCACGGCAGGACCAGAGGAGGACCACAGCAGGACCAGAGGAGGACCACGGCAGGACCAGAGGAGGACCACGGCAGGACCAGAGGAGGACCACGGCAGGACCAGAGGAGGACCACGGCAGGACCAGAGGAGGACCACGGCAGGACCAGAGGAGGACCACGGCAGGACCAGAGGAGGACCACGGCAGGACCAGAGGAGGACCACGGCAGGACCAGAGGAGGACCACGGCAGGACCAGAGGAGGACCACGGCAGGACCAGAGGAGGACCACAGCAGGACCAGAGGAGGACCACGGCAGGACCAGAGGAGGACCACGGCAGGACCAGAGGAGGACCACGGCAGGACCAGAGGAGGACCACGGCAGGACCAGAGGAGGACCACGGCGGGACCAGAGGAGGACCACGGCGGGACCAGAGGAGGACCACGGCAGGACCAGAGGAGGACCCCAGCAGGACCAGAGGAGGACCACAGCAGGACCAGAGGAGGACCACGGCGGGACCAGAGGAGGACCACGGCAGGACCAGAGGAGGACCCCAGCAGGACCAGAGGAGGACCACAGCAGGACCAGAGGAGGACCACAGCAGGACCAGAGGAGGACCACAGCAGGACCAGAGGAGGACCACGGCGGGACCAGAGGAGGACCACGGCAGGACCAGAGGAGGACCACAGCAGGACCAGAGGAGGACCACAGCAGGACCAGAGGAGGACCACGGCGGGACCAGAGGAGGACCACGGCGGGACCAAAACAGAACCACAACAUGA